GAACAGAAAGCGUCUGACGUGGUACUCGAAGACGACCUGGACGCGCAUCCUCAUCGCCCGAGCUACACUGAACUAAGCCCUGGACACGACCCAACUAGUACUGAUCUGUACACAACCCAUUCAUCAUCGCAUACCAGCGCCCCUGGCUAUGAUAACGGUGAGCUAAUCAGUGGCAUUGGAUCGAACUAUCACUACGAUCAGCACCAGUCGGCGCAGCUGCACGAUGAGAACAGCCAUGAUAACAGCGGGCAUACCGACGAUUCGGGUUAUCAUUUCCAUGAGAAAACGCCCCAUGAAACCAUCGAAAGUCAGCAGCAUUUUGAACAAAAUGAAUCGAUGGCUGAACAUCACUAUGACGAGUCGAAACCGAUGAAAACGAAAAGCUUUCUUGAUGAUGAUGACGACAAUGAAGAUGUUGUGAAAGCUGCACCAAGGUUUGUUGAUGCAGGCGACAAUAACGUGACGCAAAAAACCGAUUCAACACUACCAGAACUUGGUGGACUCUACAGUUUUCACAGUAACAAGGAGUCAGAGGAACGAGAUACUUAUAAUAACUUCAGCAAUAACACUCAUGAAGAGCAUGAUCGAUUCAAUGCUCAUGAGCUUGAUCAUAAUCGAAACAAAACUUAUGAAGAGAACAAACUGGGCGACACGAAUGGAAAUGAUGAAAAUCAGAGACUUUAUGGUAGCGGAAAGGAUCGAGAUGAAAAUAUCGAGGUAUGCACAAUGUCAUUCAUAUUCUGA